GCCGUAUGAAAGCCUUUCUACCCCGUACUGGAAGAAGAUUCUAAAAGACGAUAAAGAAGCAGACCAAAUUGCAAGGGCAUUUAUACUAUGCUUGAUUGGGUCCUCAUUCCUAAAUGAUAAGAGCCAAUACGUGAGUAUGCACUACGCCCCCAGUCUCGAAAUAGUCUCAGACAUUGGUAAUUACGACUGAGGCGGUGCGGCUUUGGCUUGCUUGUAUAGAUCAAUGGAUUCUUGUUCUAGGGGCAGGUCCUCAAGCAUGGGUGGGUAUUGGAGGGGAUGGGAGGUAUGGGCUUGCGAGUACCUAAAGUCGUUUGCUUUAUCGAGGCCCAGUGGGACCUUGAACACGAGGCCCAGUGGGACCUUGAACACGUGGCCCCGAGCAUUGAGUUUGUUAGGUGCAAAAGCAAAGCCAGACUUGCACCAUCAGUUGAUACAUUUUAGAGUUUUGAUGCGACAUCUAACAAAUGAUAUGGUAAAUUGGAACCCAUGGGGGACCGAUGAAUUUGAGAUGCCGGAAGAAGUCAAAAAUACCAUGUCGGCAACCCGUAAACGAAUCCUACUGGAUGGACCAGUUGGUUCUGCCUGGUAUUUAGGAGAGCGAGUCGCAAUGCAAAGCUUAGGCAGCACAGAACCUCGAGUACCCAAAAUUCCAUCGAGGAAAAUGCUUUCCGAUUAUAAGCUCACUGAUGAGUCAGAAGUCGAGGAAGCACUUAAUAGGUACCCAGCUUCGGAAUGGCUUGCAAAUUCAUCUGACUAUGCCCAGUACAGAGAUGAGUACAUAAGGUACCGCCACUAUGAGGACUUACGUGAAGCGGAAGGACAACAUAGAAGGGUUGGAAACAUCUCUCCUCAGGCAUUGUUAGUGCGAAUACCAAGCUGGGCUGCCGAUAAUGGAAGUAAACUUGUGCGGAUACCCCGUGGACAAGAUAGCGUUGAUCUACCAUUACCUGAUGGUGAAACGCAUGUAACUGCUGAAGCUGCAACCGAGAUUUUGGAGCUGAAUGCUGGGUUGAAUGCCAUACUAUUUUCAACAUCAUUGGAAGCAAGCAUAGAGAUUAGGCGCCUACAACAAGAGAUUGAGAUAUUGAAGAAUACCAAGGGGACAACCAUUGCAAGUGAAGAUAUUGGUCAAGACGUCUUAGCUGAUGAUGCAGUACAUGAGUUUCGCUCAAAAUUUAAACAUGACAGAGUUAGAAAAGGAAAGACCAAAAUUGUGGUACCAUAAGAGUAGGAAGAAGAUGAGGAAGAGGAAGAGGAAGAUGAAGAAGAACAGGAAGAAGAAGAGGAAGAAUAGGAGGAAGAGGAAGAUGAAGACAAAGGUUGGAUCGAAGAGAAAGAGGUUGGGGAUGAGAAUGAGGAUGAGGACGAGGCCGCAGCUAAGGGUAAUCCGAAUGCAAAACAACACUCCAUAGACCAAAAAUGCAAAGGUGAUAAAAGUGUUCAUUCACGUACCCCAAAGAGAAAGAAAACCAAUUAAAUUAUGGAUAUGAUUAAAUUUUUCGGAUCA